AGUGGGUAUUUUUUAGGAUGUGAGAAGUACUGGUAUGUCUGAUGAAACAUAUGAUUUAGGUUAACAAAAUGAGUUUGAAGGAUCCAGAUUCACUAUCCCAAGUCAGAAAGAAGUCUGACAUUCCAGUGACAGCUUUAUUUAGACAGAGAUAAGAAAUCUUUGAGAUAACAGGCUUUGGACUGUGCUAUCUUGAGUGGUAGAGCUGAGUAGUUUUCCCAGAAUCUCUAAGUCCUUUUUAUGCUCUUUUAUGAAUGAAUAGAAUUAGUAAAAGAUAAAUAAAUUUUCUUUUUUGGAUUUCUUAACCAGUGGAAAAAAUGUUGACUUUGAAAGUUCAUAAAAUCAAAUUUUGCUUAAGAAUGUGUUAUUUCCACUUGUGAGGCCAGCCUGGUAGACCUCUGGGAUCCUGUUCUUUUCACUCACACACCACUGAGAUAAGGAGUGAAGUGUGGGCUAAAUAGGGCUGAGGCUUGGGCAAGGGCAUUUCUGCCAGAGCGCCAGAGACGUCAGCAUCUCAAGGGCACUGUGGUACGAAAAAGGACGCCACAUGAGUAAAUUUUAAAAAUAUAAAUAUUUUAAUGGGUAAAAAUGAGGGUCCCUGUAUUUGAGGAUGUAAAAGAUGAAACUGAAGAAGAAAAAAUAGGGGAAGAAGAAAAUGAAGAAGACCAGGUCUUCUAUAAGCCUGUUAUUGAAGACUUAAGCAUGGAAUUGGCCAGAAAAUGCACGGAACUCAUUAGCGAUAUCCAUUAUAAAGAAGAGUUUAAAAAGUCCAAGGAUAAGUGUACAUUUGUGACUGACACUCCUAUGCUAAACCAUGUAAAAAAUAUUGGUGCUUUUAUUUCUGAGGCAAAAUACAAAGGCACUAUUAAAGCCGACCUUUCCAAUUCUCUUUAUAAGCGGAUGCCAGCCACAAUUGACAGUGUUUUCGCAAGAGAAGUUACACAGCUCCAGAGUGAGGUGGCCUAUAAGCAGAAACAUGAUGCUGCCAAAGGAUUCUCAGAUUAUGCCCACAUGAAGGAGCCCCCUGAGGUUAAACAUGCCAUGGAGGUCAAUAAACACCAGAGUAACAUUUCUUAUAGGAAAGACGUGCAGGACACCCACACAUACAAUGCAGAGCUCGACCGACCGGACAUCAAGAUGGCAACCCAGAUCUCUAAGAUCAUAAGCAAUGCAGAAUACAAGAAAGGACAAGGAAUAAUGAAUAAAGAGCCCGCUGUAAUUGGAAGACCAGAUUUUGAACAUGCCAUGGAAGCUUCUAAACUUUCUAGUCAAAUUAAAUACAAAGAAAAAUUUGAUAAUGAAAUGAAGGAUAAGAAACAUCAUUACAACCCUCUUGAAACUGCUUCUUUUAGGCAGAAUCAGCUUGCUGCCACAUUGGCAAGCAAUGUGAAGUACAAGAAAGACAUUCAAAAUAUGCAUGAUCCAGUUUCAGAUCUCCCAAAUUUGUUGUUUUUAGACCAUGUUUUGAAAGCCAGCAAAAUGCUCAGCGGCCGAGAAUAUAAAAAGCUCUUUGAGGAAAACAAAGGAAUGUAUCAUUUUGAUGCAGAUGCUGUGGAACAUCUGCACCAUAAAGGCAAUGCCAUCCUCCAAAGUCAGGUUAAAUAUAAAGAAGAAUAUGAGAAAAAUAAGGGAAAGCCAAUGCUUGAAUUUGUUGAGACACCAUCAUACCAAGCUUCAAAGGAGGCUCAAAAGAUGCAAAGUGAAAAAGUUUACAAAGAGGAUUUUGAGAAGGAGAUUAAAGGAAGGUCAUCACUGGAUUUAGACAAGACUCCAGAAUUUUUACACAUCAAGUACAUCACCAACCUUCUGAGGGAGAAAGAAUAUAAAAAAGAUUUGGAAAAUGAAAUAAAAGGGAAAGGAAUGGAACUUAAUUCAGAAGUUCUUGAUAUCCAAAGAGCAAAGCGAGCCUCUGAAAUGGCAAGUGAGAAAGAAUACAAGAAAGACCUGGAGUCAAUAAUUAAAGGGAAAGGAAUGCAAGCUGGCACUGACACCCUUGAAAUGCAGCAUGCCAAGAAGGCUGCAGAGAUAGCGAGUGAGAAAGACUAUAAAAGAGAUCUGGAGACUGAAAUUAAAGGGAAAGGGAUGCAGGUGAGCACAGACACUCUUGAUGUCCAGAGAGCUAAGAAAGCAUCCGAGAUGGCCAGCCAGAAACAAUACAAGAAGGACUUAGAAAAUGAAAUUAAAGGGAAAGGAAUGCAAGUGAGCAUGGAUAUCCCAGAUAUCCUUCGAGCCAAAAGGACAUCUGAAAUCUAUAGCCAGAGAAAGUAUAAAGAUGAAGCAGAGAAGAUGCUUUCUAACUAUUCUACCAUAGCAGAUACUCCUGAAAUUCAGAGAAUUAAGACAACUCAACAAAACAUUAGUGUGGUAUUUUAUAAGAAAGAAGUGGGAGCUGGCACUGCAGUAAAAGAUACCCCAGAGAUCGAACGAGUGAAGAAAAAUCAGCAGAAUAUUAGUUCAGUGAAAUACAAAGAAGAGAUUAAACAUGCAACAGCCAUUUCUGAUCCUCCAGAACUAAAGAGAGUUAAAGAAAACCAGAGGAACAUCAGCAAUCUCCAGUAUAAAGAGCAGAACUACAAGGCCACUCCGGUAAGCAUGACCCCGGAGAUAGAGAGAGUGAGGCGAAACCAGGAGCAGCUGAGUGCGGUAAAAUAUAAGGGAGAACUUCAACGGGGAACUGCAAUUUCUGAUCCACCAGAGCUGAAGAGGGCAAAAGAAAACCAGAAAAACAUCAGCAAUGUUUAUUACAAAGGUCAGCUGGGAAGAGCUACUGCUUUAAGUGUAACUCCUGAAAUGGAAAGAGUGAAGAAGAAUCAAGAAAAUAUUAGCUCGGUAAAAUAUACCCAGGACCAUAAACAGAUGAAAGGUAGACCAAGUCUGAUCUUAGAUACACCUGCUAUGAGACAUGUUAAAGAAGCACAAAAUCAUAUUUCAAUGGUAAAAUACCAUGAAGAUUUUGAAAAAACAAAGGGGAGAGGCUUUACUCCUGUCGUGGACGAUCCUGUGACAGAGAGAGUGAGGAAGAACACCCAGGUGGUUAGCGAUGCUGCCUAUAAAGGGGUCCACCCUCACAUCGUGGAGAUGGACAGGAGGCCUGGAAUCAUUGUUGACCUCAAAGUUUGGCGCACAGAUCCUGGCUCCAUCUUCGACCUUGAUCCCCUGGAAGACAAUAUUCAGUCUAGAAGUCUCCAUAUGCUGUCUGAAAAGGCGAGUCACUAUAGGCGACUUUGGUCUCGAUCCCAUUCCAGCAGUACUUUCGGUACAGGUCUCGGAGACGACAGGUCAGAAAUCUCCGAGAUGUACCCUAGCUUUUCAUGCUGCAGUGAGGUAACAAGACCGUCUGAUGAAGGAGCACCUGUUCUUCCUGGAGCCUAUCAGCAAAGCCAUUCCCAAGGCUAUGGCUACAUGCACCAGACCAGUGUGUCAUCCAUGAGAUCAAUGCAGCAUUCACCAAAUCUAAGGACCUACCGAGCCAUGUAUGAUUACAGUGCCCAGGAUGAAGACGAGGUCUCCUUUAGAGACGGCGACUACAUUGUCAACGUGCAGCCCAUCGACGACGGCUGGAUGUACGGCACAGUGCAGAGAACAGGGAGAACAGGAAUGCUCCCAGCGAAUUAUAUUGAGUUUGUUAAUUAAUUAUUUCUCCCUGCCCUUUGAGCUUUAUUCUAAUGUAUCCUAAACCUAAUCUUUUUAAAAGAUAGAAGAUACUUCUAAGACAACUUGGCCAUUAUUUUACAAUGAUGUAUCCUUCCUUUGACAAUUAGACACACAGGUACCAGGAAGAAGGAAUGACCUCUGGGCUGAAAACAGCAGCAUUUUCAGUAAUUCCUACAAACACAAAUCAUUGUGUCUGGACACCUGGUGCUGCUAAUUGUGUUCAUGGUUUCCUUUGAUUGGCUAUUGAACCCUUCUGGGAAAUGUAUUUUUCUAGACUUUAAUAGAGAUGUUGAUUGUCCCUUAAAUGUAGAGUGUAUAUGAAACUUCUUAGCUGUCACUUUGGAAUCACCCCAAGCCAAUUCUCUUAACUCGGUAAUGCAGCCAAUAAUUUAAAACCCGUUUUGCUUUUGAGUCAUGAGGCAAUUUCCAAUAUUAGUGAAAAUUGCCCAAUAUAGUAAGUGUAAACAGUGGCAGAAGGACAGUCUGGUUAAAAUUAUAUUGACUAGUGGCCUUAGGGAUCUAGAAACUUCUGCUAAACAGAAAUUUCCUUGUUCCCUAGGCUGACUGGGAUCUAUUUAUUUCUCAUUUGUACCAAGGCAUCUCCUACUCUCCAUUUAUAUUCUAUGGGCCCAAGUCUAUGCUCAGUUCCACAGAAUGUCAGGACCAAAUAACUUCACAGCUACUCUGCAAAGGGCAAAUUAUAAUGUCAUUGAUAUAAUUUCCCUAGUAGCAUUUACCCUGUUGCAUGUCAUGUAGAUUCAAGCUUCUGUAACAUAGGCAGCUGCACUGCGCGUUCCUAUUAUUGAAGCAAAAAGGGUGACUGAUACCUAAAAGCCCUUUCUUCCUCUAGUCGCCAGCUCAUCAGAAAAACAUACUUUGAAAAGAUGCUUGAGAUUUUCCUGCUGCCUUGCACUCUAGUUUUGAAGGAUUUACAUCUUAGGAAAUAACAUGUAUACUCUAGUAAAUAAGCGAUUUAAGUGUUCCAUUGAACAGCUUUGAUUAUCUUAAUGCCACCAUUGAUUUGAAAGUGAAGAAAAUGUAACAGAAGCCAGUGAAGCAAUGGAAGCUGGAGUGUGACUGGAAAAAUACUCAGCAAACAAAGUUACCAAUUUCAUACAGAGAUGAUCUGGUGUCUUCUUUUGGAAAAUGGUAUUCAAAUUCUGGAAUGGAAAUCUAGCCACCAAAACUGGUUAAUCAAAAGACGUCCUUUUCCAUUUUUUGGCUUUUAUUUUCUAAAUCAUCUUUAAGGGAAUGAAACAGGAAUGUCAUCAGAGAUUUUUCAGUACAGGCCCAAGAGCCUGUUCUCUAAGAAAGAAAUUGUUGCCAUGUUUUGAUUUUCGAAUAAGUGACUUUGCAGGCUUUUGCUAGCUCUUGCUGCUGGGUCUUGAAAUUUCAUCUAGAGCCUGCAGUCAAGGUCACCAAGCCACUGGCACCCAUCAGCAACCCUGUGUUUUUCUGAUUGUGCCCUUUACUGUGACCUGCAACAGGGUAGCAUUCAUUUAGGGUCUGACUUCACAGUUAUGAUAAAACUGAAAAAGCAAAAUUGCAAAAAAGUACUAAAAUGUAUGGGUCUUGGGGAUUUCUGCCUUAUAUGUUAUAUUCAAGGAAAUUAACAAAACAUCCUGUAAAACAUCUUUUAAGGAAACGUUUACUAGUCCAAAGGCCAAAGCUAAUUUAUUUACAGUUUAGAAAAGUUAGCACAUGCUUUUGAAAAUCUGUGAUUUCAUUUUAUUAGGCUAAAAGAGUAAAUAAGCUCUAUUACACUGAAGCUGCAUCUAUAUGUCACUGACAUAAAGUUGAAAAAGUAAAUGCAGGCAAAUAACUAGAGAAUUAUUUUAAGGGGGUUUGGCUGGUUUUCUCUCACUGAAAUGGCCAGUCGUGAUUAAAGUGAUAAAACCCCAUUAUCUGUUUUGGUGUAUUGUACGCAAACCUACAAAAAUAAACUGAACUUGCAAUAUUUUUGCAAAAAAAAUCUGUCAUUAAAACUGAGGAUAAAAUACCUGCUCAAUUUUAUUUUACUAAGUAUAUAUUUACAUUUCACCCAGGCAGGCCAUUUUCUUUUGUGAUUAUAAGAAAGAGUAAUUGUUGAUUAAAUUUUCAGACUAAAUGUAGGACGGGUACAAUUUUGGAUAAAUAGCACAUUUAUAGGAACCGCAAUGAAAACUGACUUGAAAUAAUGUUUGUAAUCAGGAAAAUAAUUUCAUCCACCAAUUUCAAAACCAGAUUCACUAAACAUAUAAGUCAACACAUAUUUGAGGAAUAAGUCUCCUAAAAUUUUAAGCUUCACAUAAUAAUGUUUGCAUAGCAAAAUAUUUCUGCUUCAAGCCUUUAGGAAUUAAGAUCUGAUCAGAAUUUAACUACAGGGUAGUUGUUUUACAAUGAAGACUAAAACCGAACAAGAUGUUGCAUGCGCUUGAGGACAUAAUUUGGUAGUGUUGGCAGUUGUUAAUAAAGCUUGUCAGGAUGUUAAGCAUCUCAGGAGAAAUAUUGGAAAAAUAUAUGUAUAAAACCAAAGUGCUAUUUUUAAAAGCAUCAUUUAAAAAAAAAUUACAUGCCUGAACAACUUUUCCCCUUUCCACGUGUUUCCCUCCCACCUUCAAUUUGGCAACAAGUAUCUCGUGCAUAAAGCUGACAGCUAAAGAAGAUUUUAAAAAUUGAGUUAAAGAUGACUGUGUAAAUGUCCAAGCACAGAGAGCAUGCACCUGCCUUUCUAAAGUUUGAUGUGUUCUCAAGCCUGACAGAAGCACAAGGAACAGUUUGAUACACUUUUAGAAGGUUCUGAAAACAAAGCUGUAUAGGGAUCCUCUCUCUCUUCAGCAAAGUAUAGCAACAGAAUAUAUUGCUUUUGUUGUAAGCUUUUGUAGUACAUGUUUUUACUAAUAAUUCUUGUUCUCUAGAAAGCUUUCUAUUUCUAACCUAUGGCAGAAUGAAUCCUUCAUGUCUUCUUGUUAUUGUUUACACACUUGCAGUGUAGCCCAGUUUGAAAUAUUUAUCUGGUUAUCAACUGUCCAUGGAGGAGGCUCUUGAUGAUCCCAGGUCUCCUUGACCUCCAUACACCACACAGGCAUUUGUAAGCACAGUUUCCACAAGCACCUUGUAGGAAUAUGGAUGAGAUUAGACCAGCCCCUCUCUGUCCACUGGGUUUAUUUCUUGAAGAAGAUGCAGAUCUGGUUUUUCCAAUGUGCCACAGUCUUUCCUUAUCCUCUCCGUGCUGAGCUUGACAACACUCUGGGAAUGAGGAACAAGACUUUUUCUAAAAAGAUAGUGGAAGUUCAAGGGAUAUACCUCGUUUUCAGGUUCAUCCAUCUCCAGCGGAAUGUUUUCAAUAAAAGAUGAAGAAAAUGUGUGUGAUCUUUAAUAACACAUCCCUAUAGAAAGUGGAUAAAAGAUAUACCAAAAGUAUAAUACAGAUAUAUACAAAUAUAGGUGCCUUUUUGAUUACUCUUGUUUGUCUAGUAUGGUCUUGGAAAGAAAAACCAAGCAAGCAAGUUGCUGCCUAUUCUAUAGUAAUAUUUUAUUACACAUGAUUGAUAUUUUUGUGGUAGGGAAGUGGGAUGCUCCUCAGAUAUUAAAGGUGUUAGCUGAUUGUAUUUUAUCUCUAAAGAUUUAGAACUUUAGAAAAUGCCGACUUCUUCCAUCUAUUUCUGAAAGGUUCUUUGUGGAUUUGUAUAGAGUUGAGCUAUAUAAACAUUAACUUUAGAUUUGGGAUUUAAAAUGCCUAUUGUAAGAUAGAAUAAUUAUGAGGCUGGAUUCACUACACAAGAUGAACUUCACUUCAUAAAUUAAUUAUACCUUAGCGAUUUGCUUCUGAUAAUCUAAAAGUGGCUAGAUUGUGGUUGUCUUGUGUAAGGUGAUAUGGAGGUGGGAGAGCUUUUAGUUAAGUAAGAAGCUAUGUAAACUAACAAGGAUGCUAAAAUAAAAGUCUCUGAAGUAUUCCAUGCCUUUUGGACCCUUUCCUGGCAACUAACUGUCAACUAUUGAUCAAAAAAGUCAAGGCAUUGUAUGUUGCUUCUGUGGUUGUUAUUCCAUGAUGCUUAGACUACUUGAAUCCAUAAACUUGGAAGAAUCUUUGAGCAAAUUUGCUCAAUUGUCUGUAUGACUUCAGUAUAUUCCUGGGAAUUCCACAGGAUUUUUUGUGCUUGAUAAAUGGUAUCCAGUUUGCAUAGUAUCUACUUCUUUGUAAUCCAGUUGCUGUUAAGAAUGAUGUACUUUAAAGGAAAAGAGAAAACUGCAUCACAGUCCCAUUCUCCAGUGUCCAUGCAAUAAAUUGCUGAGCAUUUAGGAAGCAGCACCAAGUGUAUUACAGGCAUGAUGUGAAACUUGAUAUUUGACCUGUGAUCAAAAUUGAACCAUUGUGCAGUUUGGCUUCUAUUUGCUUCAAAAUAUGUAGAAUUGUGGUUGAUGAUUAAUUUGUGAGACUAACUUUGAGAGUGUAACAGUUUUGACAUUGAGUGUUUUGCAAAUAAAGGGGCUUCACAGAAUGUUACAAUGUUACUAAUAUAAUUUGGCUUUUGUUAUGCAAAUUGUUAACACCAGCUAUUAAAAUAUAUUUUAGUAGAAAUGCUUUAAUUCAUAUUCUUUUCCUCUACACUGUGAAUCUUUAAGCCUUGGUGGACUAGAGCAACAUCGUGCUGCCCAAAGGACUAACCUAUGCAAACUAGUUCACAUUUUAGUGGAUGUCGCAGUUAAUGUGUAAUAAGAUAUUAUUUCCCCUGCAUAAUGUACAACAGCAUUGAAAUGACACAUUAAGCUUAGCAUCACAUUGUAUAGUACAGUCACUCACAAACCCUUCAAGGCUACCCUAAUCAUUAACAUUAAUAUUUGUUUAAAAGCAAAUCACUGAUUUAUCUAUUGAAACUACUUGAAUGACGGCAAACCAGGAAUGACAGAUGGCUGUGUUAGCAAUGGCUUUAAUGUGUUCCCUGCAAGUGGUCUUCUAUGAUAGAACUGCAUUCUCAAAUGCACUCUCUUCAGGGUCUUAAUAUUCUGUGUUUUCUCUCUGUAUUUGUAAAACAUUAUAACACAUUAAUUUCCUAUCUCCACACAUUUGGUUUGCUUAAAUAAAUGCAGGAUAUAAAAAAAAUGGUUCACUUCUUGGCUCUCACCGUGGUUUCUUGGAGCAUGGGUUGUUAGAUGCAAGCAAUGCACCCUAAUAAUACCCCAGGUCUGAGGUUUAACAUGACAACUCACAUCAAAUCACAUCAGAGGUGUGUGCUGCCUUCAGUGCACUUACAAUGAUGAAUCAGUCAAGAUAUUUUCCUCCCCCAAAUAAACUUAGUUGUAAGUGAUAACAGUAUUAGGCUUUUCCAAGCUCAGUAUCUUUCUGAUUUUAUAUCAAAGUACUGCAACAAUGUAUCAUUGUAGUUAACUUAUUUCAAGAAUAAAUUCCUCAUAUGUCCUCAAUAGUACAAUUCUAAUUUUCUUAUAUUCAUAAGAUGAAAGAAAGGGCUUGGAGCGUAGAAUAGAAAGUGCACAAAUUGAGUACAUGAAGUGGGAAGAAACUCUGAUUUCUUAGCUAAGAAAGGCUCAUCUAUCACAGAACACAAUUGCUUUUCUCCCCCCCUACGCUUCCCAUAAUUGAAAAAGUGAGUCCCUAUUUUUCACUCUCAUAUAAAUCUAUGUGAUUUGGAUGCUAGUCUUAAUGUAUUAUUUUGUCAAACUUUCUCUUUGGCUCAUAAUCCUUCCUAAUUGUAAAUUGAUAAACUUUUCGGAUGGCAUCUGCUCAUAGAAUAAACACUUCUUCCAAA